AAUCCGUUGUUGCAGUGUUAGAGGAAGAAAGCCUAAAACAACCUACAGCCACAUUUAUCGCCUUAACCCACUUUUUUUUCCGGGUCGUUUUUUCCUCCAAUUUCUUCUUCCCCUCUCCCCUUUCGUUUUUGACUAGCUAAAAUGGCUUGUGGAGCUACGUUAAAGCGGUCGAUGGAGUUUGAGGCCCUCCUCAGUCCCCAGUCUCCCAAGCGGAGGAGGUGCAACCCUCUACCGGGGACUCCUGGCACUCCGUCCCCGCAGAGAUGCAACCUCCGUCCCCAGGUCGACAGCCCAACGCACUCGAUGUCUCCUCAAGCGACGGGAGGCGAACACAGGCUCACCCCAGAGCAGAUCUUCCAUAACCUCCGUCAGGAGUACAGCCGGAUCCAGAGGCGGCGGCAGCUGGAAGGGGCCUUCAACCAGAGCGAGGCCUGCAGCUCCAGUGACGCCCCCAGCCCCAGCUCCUCCAUCAACGCUCCCAGCUCCGCACCAGGUGCCUCAAGGAAGGACCAGCCCUCGUUUACACUGAGGCAGGUGAGCUACCUGUGCGAGCGCUUGCUCAAAGACCACGAGGAGAAGAUCCGGGAGGAGUACGAACAGAUCCUUAACACAAAACUUGCAGAACAAUAUGAAUCUUUUGUGAAAUUCACACAAGACCAGAUCAUGCGAAGAUACGGGGCCCGGCCUGCUAGUUAUGUCUCUUGAACUCACCUCGAUGAGAUCCCAGCUUCCUCUCACAAGAUGGCUGCUCCUCUACUGCCCUCUUCCACUUGUUUUUAAUUUUCUCCCCUCCCCCCAAAACCCUACCCACCACCGACCACUUCUCCCCCCCCCUCCCUCAAACCGUUUGGGUGCCAUGGUUUAUCCAUUUUUUAAAUCCAAAACUUGAUUUCUUACUUUAAAACUAUCGCUGCUGGCCAAAAGUUACAAGAAUCUGAAAGAUAAACUAUGUUUGACCCUCCCCCAACAAACCACCCUCCCCCCCAAUCCUACCCCCUACUUUUAUUUUGCCCUUUUUCUUGUUGAUAUGCUCUCUCUGAAAAUCCUGACUAAAAGCAAGAUCUGUGUCAAAUCUCUUGCCGGCGCUGUAGAAAAAGCUUAUUGGCUCAUGUGAUCAUUCUGUAUAACCUCCCAGCAGCUGUAUUUAAUGGCUCCUGCUUCUCACAUUGUCCCACUUUUCUUGCCCCCUCCUCUCGACCCCCCCAACAACUCUGUACCUGAGAAUGUGGAUUUUUCUCCCUUUUGAAAAAAAUAAAAGUUCUGUGA